ACCACGACGCUCACCGCCCUUGAAACCAAAAAACCAGAGAUAGAAUGACUACCCCUACUACAAGUUCUAAGACUGCCCUGUUGUUUGGAGCAACAGGCCAAGUUGGACAGCAACUCUUGCGAACUCUCUUGGGUACACCGUACUACACCAAAGUGGGAGAAUAUGGUCGACGCGUAACACCACAGGAGCAGAUUGAGAGCAACGGAAAGGAGAAGCUCAUGCAAGGAACUGUGGACUUUGAGACUGUGACCGACAAGGAUUUGGGCGAGCAAAAGUGGGAUGAUGUCUUCAUUUCGCUGGGAACGACACGCAAAAAUGCCGGGAGUGCGGCCAACUUCGAGAAGAUUGACAGAGAAUACGUGAUCAACGCUGCUAAGGCAGCGAAGAGCUCUGACCCGCAGAGUAAUCAGAAGCUGCUCUACGUCUCUUCCACCGGAGCCAACUCGAAAUCCCCAUUCCUGUAUCCUAAGAGUAAAGGUCUGACAGAAGAAGGCCUCGCCAGGUUGGGUUACAGUGACACCAUCAUCUUCCGACCUGGUUUCCUCGCCGGUACGAAACGACCGGAAACGAGGCUAGCUGAGAGUAUUUUCGGUGGAUUUACGAGGCUUGCUUCAUACGUCACUGAUACCGUGGAGAUCGAGAUUUCCACUCUUGCAAAGGCAAUGCUCGUAGCGUCGAAGCUCGGAAGUGAGGGCCUCCCGCCUGCGGCCGGGGCGACGAAAGUGAAGCUGGAGGAUGGUACGACGUACACUGUCAUCGGAAAUGCAGGAGCCAUUGCAUUGGCCAAGCUGGAGUGAAGUGGGGGAACGAUUUUUAGUGCUGUAAUAUAGUUUAUCCGUAUCAUUUGCCUAGAACUAAGUAAGGUCUUCCGACAAUAUUAAGUGUUUG